GAGAGAAGAAGAAGAAGAAAGAGAAAGAAGGUGUAGUAAAGUCUAGAAGUGUCGCUCAACAAACAACAUAAACACACUUUCUGUGUUCCUUCUUCUGUCAUCAAAAUCUACCUUACUCUCAAUUCUUCUCAAACGUAGGGUUUUUGUCUCUCUCUAACAAAACCAUGAGCCGUCAUCCUGAGGUUAAGUGGGCUCAAAGGCUGGACAAGGUUUAUAUAACGGUUCAGUUGCCGGAUUCGAAGAAUGCGAAAGUGGACCUAACUCCAGAUGGUACUUUCACCUUUUCGGCUACUGCUGGUGCCGAAGAUCAUCUGUAUGACUUGAAGUUGGAUCUCUUUGACAAGGUUAAUGUAGAGGAGAGCAAGAUUAAUGUAGGGGUGAGAGGCAUAUUCUGUGUGGUGGAGAAGGCAGAGAAAGGAUGGUGGAAAAGGUUACUACGAGGAGAAGGAAAGCCUCCGCAUUAUGUGAAAGUAGAUUGGGAUAAAUGGGUUGAUGAAGAUGAAGAUGAUGGUGGUCUUGGUGAUCUAGACUUGGGAGGGAUGGAUUUCUCGAAAUUUGGUGGGAUGGGCGAUGAUGCAAUGGGUGAUUUCGAUGAUGACGAUGAUGAUGAGCAAGAAGUGUCGAAGCCCGGAGGACAGGGGACUAGUACUGAGAAAGAGGGAGCUUCCACGGCCGGAGAUCAAGAUGCUGCCGGGGAGGCUUCAACAGAGAAAAAAGAAGCUGCUCCAAGCACAUAAUACCCUUUCAGUUCAAGAUCUUCAACACCUGGAUGAUGCUUAUAAGCAUGCAGUAGAUUAUUUCAGUAUUGUAGUGUGAAUUGAUAGUUCUUGAAGUAGAGACAUCAUAUUACCCCUGUUUCUUGACCCUAAAACAUUGGUGUCUUGGUGAGUAGUGAGUGCUAUUGGCAUAGUCAACGACUUAACAUUCAUUCUCUCUAGCUGAAGUAGGAUAUUGUACAAGUGAGACUUUUUUUUUAUUUCAUGAAGGAAUUUGGUAUCAGAAUAUCUAUAUAAUAUUAUUCAUCAUGCUGCCUAUUAAUUUUCAUGGCAACUGUUGAUGGA